AUGCCAUCAGAGACCAACAGUCCAGCGUUCCCGUCAACGGAAAUCUCAGCCGCCGUCACCUCUCCCCCGCUUCACCUUCCACCCGCUGGACAAGAUGGCUUCGAUGCACGGAGGGCUGUCUCCGGCCCAAUUGAUCCGGACAACACAGCUGGUCCCAAUGGGACCACUGCUCCUAUCCCAAUACCUUCCACGGACGCUAAAACUGUGAAGCAGCCUGUAUCUCAGCGACACCCAUCCAACACCUUCUAUCGCUCAUGUGAGAUUUCGUUCAUGGAGCCUGUCGGUUCGAUGUCUAUCAGUCCGGCCAAUCGAGAUGUUGUCCUAGCCGCACGUAAAGGCCUUUUCAUCAUUGAUCUCGAGGACCCUUUUGCACCACCUCGAUUCCUAGCACACAUGACAACAUGGGAAGCUGUUGACAUUCAGUGGUCGCCUCAUCCAGCGAGAAGUAAUUGGGUCGCCAGUACUUCCAACCAAAAGCUCCUUAUCUGGAACUUGGAUCGGCCAGGUGAUCCACGCGCUGCCCCACCUCUCAUCAGGAUGCUACAUCGCGGCUCCAUCCACCGCAGUUGCAGUCCAGUGGUGCCAAGCAAUCCACACUUUGCAACACAACGAAGCAGCGCUUAUCAGAGCAUCUACAAUAGUCAGAGCCUUCACUCUGGCGUUACCGGCGGCACUCGAAGCGGGUUCGGCGCUGUCUCCGCUACUUCGCCCUAUGGCAACACUCCGAUCUCAGCUUCGCAGUUUCAGCUAGCCACACCGAAAUCCUCGGCUAUUGAACACGUCCUUCACGCGCACACACGAGCGAUCACAGAUAUCAAUUGGUCUCCCUUCCAUCCAGAAGUGGUUGCUUCGAGCUCCAUCGACACUUGGACUUGGGUGUGGGAUCUUCGCAUGAGUGGAACAUCAGAUGGUAGAGGACGACAGAAACCAGCACAGGGCUACUCAGCAUGGAAUGCAGCAGUCACACAAGUCAAGUUCAAUCGUGCUAGUGAACAUCGUCUCGCCUCCACAUGCGAUAACAAGGUUCUCAUCUGGGACGACCGCAAAGGGUCGUUGCCGCUAGCUACGAUUGAAGCACACGAAAGCAAGAUCUACGGGAUCGAUUGGAGUCGGGAUACCAGUUUAGGCCUCGAUAGGCUGGUAACGUGCUCACUGGACAGAACAGUCAAGUUCUGGAAUUUGGGCUCGGAUACUUCGCAAGCUGCAAUCGGAGCGAGAGAGUUGGUUACAGAGGCUGAGUCUAUCAUUGAGACCAAGACGCCCGUUUGGAGAGCUCGUCAUUUGCCCUUUGGUAACGGAGUCAUGACCCUGCCUCAACGUGGAGAUACAACGUUGAGCAUGUGGGCUAAAGAUCAGCCGGAGGAGCCACAGGCAACAUUCGCUGGUCACACAGACAUUGUCAAAGAGUACCUCUUCCGUACAAAGGGAGGACAAGAUAGGGAGAGUGACGAUCGACAGUUCCAGCUGAUCACUUGGUCGAAGGAUCAGACGCUUCGACUCUGGCCAGUCAGCGAUGAGGCGACACGCAAAGUAGGUCACAAGCCAGGCGCUCCUAUUCGUGUUCUGCUCACAAGAGCCGAUGCUCCUGACAUCUCGUACCGCGACCCGCCUCUCGCAUUGCCAGCUGCUGGAGAGGAUGCGGCCAUGAUGACGAGCCAAGCUUCGGGCAGCAACAUCACUUCAUCGUCCAUCCUGCCUCCUGAGCACGCAACCCGAUCACUGCUCAGCGGAAAAGGUAGUGGCAGCAAGAUCCAAGCCACCUCUCCUUACGGCUCUUCCACGUCUGGAUUCCAGAACGUCAUUCGCGAUGGCAGAAUGAGCCCACUCGCACCUUUCGGGUCAAGCGCAGGCAACAAGAGGAGCCUGCAUCACAGCUCGAGCCACGGUGAUCUCGGGGCGGAUCUCAACCCAUUCUCACGUAGCCCCAGGGAAAAUUUUGCCCGCUCAUGGAGUCGAAUGGAGGGACAGCAGGUAUUCGGGAGUGGGUUCGGACGCGGUAGUACCUCACAAAUGCAUCAGUUGGCGCGAUCGUUGCCGAAACAGGCCGGCGAGCAAGGUGGAAGCCGGUUUGGGACUUGGUAUCACAGCAGCUCCAAGUAUGGUGGUGGGAGUGCAUCGCAGCACAGUGGCGGCCACUCGUCGUUCAAGGUCCCGGCCAAUCUGCGCGGCAAGCCUGUCACAGGAGCGGGACCAGCAUCAAAGCAGAGGCCAGCCAAUCCGCGUCGUUCUUCUGGGCGGCCGCUUCCGAUUCAGGAAGAGUUUCCGAUUCGGGAAGAGCACCACGGAGGGUUGCACAAGCGUUCGCAAAGGCGCAGAGAGCAAGAGAGAGCAGCAAAGAGAGAGGAGCGGCGCAAGUUGGCGAAAGCGAUGGAUACUCGCACUGCUCGAAAGGCAGUUGGUGCAGCCAUGCGACUUGAUCGUGGCCGAGCAGCAGCACCUGCGGUUGACCCGAUCGAAUGGAUUGCCAACGUGCGACUCGAAAAAGAGAACCUUUCCGAGGAUCAAACCGGCGGCAAGACAAGUCAAGCUCGUGACUCUGACAGCAUUUUCCCCUCUGGCUUAGGCACCAGUGUCAAGGGCGCAGCCCGCACCGGCGUGGCGUUCGGUCGCGAAGGCCUUACAACUGAAGAUGAAACAGACGCCGAAACUGGCUUCACAGCGCAGGGCCUCGGAGACGAGAUCAUAGGUAUCAACCGCAAGCUUCCUCGCAUCGUCUUCGAGAAAGUCGAACUUACGGGUCGCAUGUGCGUGCUGACCAUGUACGGGCCUUGGGCAGACCACGAACCUGCCUUCCUACGCAUCAAGACUAAGUUCCCUGCCAGCUACCCUCACUGUCCACCGCUGUUCGACCUGGAGAAGAGCGCGAAUAUCAGUCUGAAAACUAGGUCGUAUCUUCUGCGCGGGUUGACUCGGUUGUCGAAUAAGGCAGCCAAAGCGGGGAGACCGUGUUUGGAGAUCUGUGCGCGGUUCUUGAUUGGCGAACCGAUCAAGUCGCUCGAUGAAGAAGAGAGGCAUGGCGAAGAUCAUGAGAUCGGGAGCGACUUUGCUGCCAUCAGACUCGGUGAUGAGGAGUCAGCUGUGUCGGAUUCAGAUUCAGAGCACGAGCUGUUGGCUUUCCGUCCAGCACGCAUGGCAAUUAGUCCGGGCGAAGCGCAGGUCAAACUCAAGAUGCCAGCAAGGAGGAUGGGAGCCAGCUUUGGUCCGAACAACGAGCUCGUCGUCUUUGGUGGAUCUCUCAAUCACUACCGGCAGUCACGCAACUCAUCGAGGCAGACUUCGCGGCAAGUCUCAAGGCAAGUCUCGCGCCAAGGGUCGCGUUCAGCGUCCCAAGCACCACCCGACAGUGCCGUAGGCAGGAGCAAGUCGAUCACGGCCCUUGCUCGUGCACAGUCCAAGUCGCGAUCACGCUCCGGCAUCGCUGGUACGCAAGAGGACACCGGCAGCGACGCCGGAGAGAGGAAUGCAGCAAGUCGACGAAGAAAUGAAGUUGACGAUGGCGGAGAAGAGUCUCGCUUCCUGCGCUCUUACACUGCGUUAUCGAAUGCGAUGUCGUCCCUGGCGCACUACUCGAGGAAAGCGAGCGAGGGUGUGACGACUGGCUACUCGGUACGCGACUCGGAUGUUGUCCAGCUGAUGAGCACCGACUUUUUCGCAAGACGAUUGCUGCGUAAAAAGGACUUCUUUGACAUCUUUGGCAACGCUACCGACAACUCGGGUGUCAAAGGUGGAGCAGCAACUCCAGGUGGCAAAGAUGCGCUCUUGGCGAGGCAGAAGAACUCGUCAAGAUUCUACAGUGGUAGUGGGGCUUCCACACCAGGCGCUCGACGUGGCGGCAAGGUUGGCGCUGAUGUUGGUGCAGGUGGAGGGGCAUUGGAGGAUGAAGAUGGAGGCGGCUCAGCGGAUGAGCAACAAGGAGGGGGAGCGAAUACAUUGCAUCAUGCGGAUCUGCUUGGAUCACUCCCGGCGCCAGCAGCAUUGCUUGCCUUGGACAGGCUUGAAGAGACGCGGAAGCGAAGACAGCUCGGAUUGGUGACCAUCUAUCAAUUUGUGGAGACGGUGGCUGAGGAAGAUGGAUAUCCUGGCCAGUCGUCAACGUCAUCUGCAGGAGCGUAA